AUGGGUAAGGGCGAUCAUUGUGCAAUUUUUGGUUGUAACAACGAUCGUCGAUACAAAGAAAAAGAAAUAGUCGGCCCUUUAACAAAAAAAAGAAAGCUAUAUGCUGUAAAUAAGAAUACAAAAGUAUGUGCAAAUCAUUUUGAGUAUGGAAAGCCAACUGAGCUAUCCCCUCAUCCAAAGUUAUAUUUGAAAGGAUACGAAAUAUCUCCUCAAAAUAAAAGAAAAUUACCAAUGCCUCGAUAUACACCUACUAAAGUUUCUAAAGAACAUAAAAAUACACAUUUUCCAAGUACCUGUACCACUACUAGUAGCAGUAACAAUAAUGACAAUAUUCCCCAACAGUCUUCUCUGUCAAUAUCUCCUCCACGUCUAUCAUCAACAGCAUUUAAUCAGCAACUUUCUCCACAACAAAUCGAUUUAAUUACUAACACACCAGCAACUUAUCUAACACCAACAACACUUUAUAAACAAAGUAGUCAUAAAAGAUUAACAUGGGAGGCAGUGCGUUCUUUACCCAAAGUCAUAAAAUUGUAUACUGAGUGUCCCACUGAAAAUCAAUAUCAGUUUAGUCCUGCUAGUAAACCUUCAAGUACAGGGAAACCUGGUCCAGCACGACAGCUUUUUGUUGAAGAUGAAGUGAUUUUAACUACAUUUAUAACUUUAUUAGCCCGAGAACUUGAACCAUUAAUUUAUUGGCCUGCUCCAGAAGAAACAUUAAGUUUUACACAUCCUCAUUUUAUUGGAGAUUUUGUUUAUGUUGAAGGUAUUGGUGACUGUACUGAACAAACUAUUCAAAAAUCUGCUAAUGCUAAAGCUCAAUAUCAAACAUAUAGUUCUUAUAAAAGUAGAAACACAUUAAAAAAACUUAUAUUUUGUACUAAAGGCGGUUCUAUCUCUUUUGUUUUUAAAGGUUAUUCUGGAUCUUCCUCAGAUUGUUUUAUCACUGAAGAUUGCAAUGUUGCAAGAAGGUUCACUCCUGGUUUUAUUGCACUUUUUGAUAAAGGUUUCAAUGUUCAAGAUUUAUUUCUAUCAAGGCAGGUAAAAGCUGUAACUCCACCAUUUUUACGUAGUAAGCGACAGUUUACACCCUCUGAAGUGUAUCAUUGCAAGCGCAUAGCACGUGCAAGAAUACAUAUUGAACUCUUGGUGUGCGGGUUACUUUGUAAGGGUGCAGAAAAACGAGAAAAUCAGUAA